UCGCGUUCGCAGUUCCUGUUUGCCCGCGACCGCUUAAACUGCUCGAACCGGACCGCAGCGGGGGUCAUUCAAUGCCGAUCGGUUGUACAACACAGUCGCACGACAUCGGCACCGUUGCACACCUGGAGGAACACCCUGCGAUGGAGAGUCUCGAUACGGCCGGUCUGCUGUUUGAGGAGAAACCUUUGCAUACGCCGUCCCUGGUGGAAUUGCGCGAUGUGCUUGCGAUUGGCCUAAAAUCUUGUUUCGCUACGGUGAACGUGGAGGUGGUCGAGUGUCCGGAUUUGAGCAAAGCUCCCUUCCAUCUUGCUGGAACUGGAUUGAACGGCAGUCCGACGUUAAUUGAAAUUGGUGGACCACCCUAUCUGCUGCCCACGGUGGACAGUACCAAACUCUACGAUGUCAUUCCAAUCGCCAAACGUGCGCUGCACGAUGACCAGAAGCCGUUCAUCACAAUCGGCGCCGGGGCGGGUCCCUUCCCGUUGGUGAAUUCCAACUGUGAGGGAAUGUUCAACCUGCGCUACAGCCCACCGGGGAAUGUCGUCAGUGAAAGCCACCUGGCAAUGGUAACAUCGGAGCGGGAAGUGAUUGUACGAAAGAUCCCAAACACCGAGACGCGCUGCGCUCUGCUGGGCAAUCUGCUCGUGGCCGAAGGUAAUGCGGGACCGGUGCUGAAGGUGAGCUGCAAACGGCGCACCGGCAACAAAGACUUCAUUGCCAGCAUCCGCACGUGUUUGGAGGAGCGGUACGGUGAGCGCACCGUUGGCAUGGGAGGUGUCUUCCUGUUGCAGGCCGGCAAAGCCAAACAGCACGUCAUGUCACCCUUCUCGACAUCACCCAUCAACACCGAGGAACAGUUGAACGAGUGGCUCAACUUCUACGACAUGCCGGCGCCACUCAUCAACGUGGGCACGCUUGUCACGAACGAGUGCGAUUUGGACCUGCGGCUACAACACUUCCACAGCUUUUCCACGCACGGUCACGGUGGCCAUUAUCACAUCGACACGACACCGGAGGUGGUCGAGUAUGAAGGAUACUUUGUGGCCGGUGAACGGAUCGUGCGUGUCGACAAGCCGAUCCAUACGCACAAAUUCGGUCGUGACUAGUGCGCUGCAAGGAAGGAAAUAAUGCAACCACAACAAUGCAUUCCCACCACAACACGAAGAAGGGUCGGUUCGAGGCAUGGGUAUAAAAUAAACCUUGACGAAGGGCAUCAGCGGUAUA